AUGGCGGCGAGGCCUGAUUCCGCCGGCAGUAACAGCCACAUCCCUGAUGACAUACUCUUUUUUCAAAUUCUCAUACUACUCCCCGUGAAAUGUCUUGUGCGCUUCCAGUCAGUAUGCAAGAGUUGGCGCACAACUAUACUCAGCACUCAUUUUAUCCGCUGCCACCUGGAGCAUUCUAGGACUAGGUUGUCAAUGGUCGUCGUUCCCCGAAAGUACCAGAAGGACUAUAGGAAAGUUGGCAUUCAGGGUGUCAAUUUCUACAGUUUCCAGCCUGGGCAAAGCAAGGUUGCCGAGCUCAUCCUAGAGAAAAGGUGUCCAGGUGGAAUCCCGAUGUUCACCAUUCCUUUGCAUUGUGAUGGACUCAUUCUGAUCCCUUGCUUGACGGGACGGAUGUUUGUGUGUAACCCGGCAACCAGGGAGUUUGUUGAAUUGCCACAAGGAAGCCAUAAUGUUGCCGGGGAUCACAGGGUCGCUUUUGGUGUCGACCCUUGUACUGGCAAGUAUAAGGUCGCUAGGCACUUCUUCCGCUCAUAUGCCGAUACCCCACAAGCAGAUGGGGAAGGCACAAUUCUGGAAUAUAGCGCUGGGCAUGAGAUCUUGACCAUUGGUGAUGGAGCAGAUGCUUGGAAAUGGAAGGCCACCGUGGACCCACCUUAUGCUAUCAAUGCCAGGACUCCGAUUUGUGUACCCGGGUUCUUCUAUUGGAGCGCUCUCCACUCCGUCACCGGACAUGGCAUUAAUAAGGUCAGUUCACAUGUCAUCCUUCGGUUUAGUUUGCACGACGAAACGUUCACCGUGCAUCCCAACCCACCAUGCAGUGGGUUUCUACGCAACAAUGACACGCUGUGCCAGCUUGGUGGCAAGCUAUGCUAUGUCGAGUGUUCCUCGCCGUGGGAUGUGGAAAUUUGGUUGGCAGAGGAUGGUCCAAACCUUGCUUGGCUGCGGCAUUGCUGCAUCCGCCUGCCGAUGCCAAGGCUGCUGAACGUUUUUGCCUGUGCUUCGGGCGAUAGAAACAAGAUAUUCCUGUCCAUUGACGCUUUUCGCCUUUUGAGAUGUGAUCUGCGUGAUGGAUCUCUUGAGGAAAUAAUCGACAUGGCACGGGAGUUGUUGUAUGACCAUCGGAAUGGAACCAAAUUCCGCACUGGUUUCGUCCCUGUUGCCCAUUACAUGGUCCCCUGUGUGGAAUCGCUUUUGCGUAUUAGACCAUGGUAA